UCUGCUUGGCAGUCGCUGAGGAUGAUUGGGGUCACAGGAUCUCAAGUCACCCUUUCUCCUGGUCGUUCACCUUCUCUUCUUCCCAUCAACGAUAUAUCGUUUCAACUCCCAACAAGCCUUCGUUAACAUCUCCAGCACUAACUUCUAGUCCCCUUACUCUUUUGCUGUUUUUUUAGCCGCGAGUUUGCUCUAAUUGCUUCAGUACUGCCGCAUCAUCAACAUCAAGUAGGCGCUCGCUACCAGUCGUGCCACUUGUUCCUUCCGAUUUCAAAGAACACGUGCGAUUUCCUGCAAGGAACAAUUCUUUUUCACAGAUGGCUUCCAACGUUCCAAUAAACGGUGUUAAGAUAUCUCGUACGUGCUCUCAAUCAACCUCCACACUUUUCUACAUCCAAAUUUGGUCGCUAUGUCUCUUUUCCAUCGAUGAUCCCCAUAAGGUUGUCAAGGUCAUCGCAACAGACGGUAAAACAUCAGAACAGAGGGAGAUUGCCUACACAAAUUGCAAAGUCAUUGGAAAUGGCUCUUUUGGAGUUGUAUACCAGGCAAAACUCGUAGGAGAGUCAAAGGAUAGAGAGGAUAUAGCCAUCAAGAAAGUCCUUCAGGACAAGCGAUUCAAGAAUCGUGAACUACAAAUCAUGAGACUUGUGUCACAUCCAAACGUCGUCGACCUCAAAGCUUUUUUCUAUUCCAAUGGAGAAAAGAAGGAUGAAGUUUACCUCAAUCUUGUUCUUGAAUACGUUCCAGACACCGUUUACCGCGCCAGCCGUCAUUACACAAAGUUGAAGCAGCCUAUGCCGAUGCUUCAAAUCAAGCUGUACAUGUAUCAGCUUCUCCGGUCACUUGCCUACAUACACUCAGUGGGCAUCUGCCAUCGCGAUAUUAAACCUCAGAAUCUCCUGUUGAACCCUGCCACGGGCGUUCUGAAUUUGUGCGAUUUCGGCUCAGCAAAAAUCCUCGUCGCUGGAGAGCCAAAUGUUAGUUACAUUUGCUCGAGGUACUACAGAGCACCUGAACUUAUUUUCGGUGCUACCAACUACACAACAAACAUUGACAUAUGGUCGACGGGUUGUGUGAUGGCAGAGCUAAUGCUAGGCCAACCUCUGUUCCCUGGGGAGAGUGGUAUCGACCAGUUGGUGGAGAUCAUCAAGGUUCUCGGGACGCCAUCGCGAGAACAAAUUAAGACGAUGAAUCCAAAUUACAUGGAGCACAAGUUCCCUCAGAUCAAGCCCCAUCCGUUCUCCAAGGUAUUCCGACCACGCACUGCGCCCGAGGCGAUUGACUUGGUUGCGAAGCUACUGGAAUAUACGCCGGGGGCACGUUUAAGCGCAGUAGAGGCUAUGGUGCACUCAUUCUUUGACGAACUACGAGUGGAGGGGGCAAGGAUGCCGAACGGGAAGGAAUUUCCACGUUUAUUCGACUUCACACGGGAAGAGUUGUCGGUGCGACCAGACUUGAACCGACUUCUGGUUCCGCCACACUGCGAGGCUGAGCUACGCUCACGGUCGAUCGACUUGGAUACCUUUGUACCAAUACCUCUGGAUCAGCUUAAGAUCACGCUUGAUUGAGAGGAAGGAGGGUAGUAUCUGAUUUGUGGGUAUCCUAUAAUAUUGAUCGAUGAGUGCGUGUAUCCUGUCUGUGUUGUAUUGAUUCUGUAUCGUGUUCACGUCAUAUUUUUGUUGAAUUGAUUUUCCACGGUCUGUUCAGUACCACUGUACCACUGUACACAUGAUGUCUAGUACUAUUAUGCCUGUCGUUGAG